AUGUCCGCCAGCUCCACCCCUGCCAGGCGGCCCCAGGCCUGUGAGCGCUGUUGGAAGCGCAAGCAAAAGUGCGACCGGCUGCUGCCAGCCUGCACGGCGUGCUCAGAGGCCGGUUCGCAGUGCAUUCCACGGCAGUUUCGAGUAGAAUCCUCGAGUGAGGAGAACAGCGGGCUCUCGCACGCUGCGUUACCAGGCAGCGGAUCCAUCAUCUGGAGAACCUCGCGCAACGAAAACGACAACAGAUUACGACCGACGAUUCUGACUCGACUGUCACCCCGUCUCGGCCAGCAGACGGUCACGAUGGGCUGGACAGUUCGGUACAGACUGCCAUGGUUGGCCAUGAGCCAGAUGCUGCAGGCCAUCCUGUCCCUGAGUGGCGCCAGCCCAUCGCAAAACCACAGCGUAGAGGCACACGCUUCGCAGUGGAGUUUGCUUGGGGUGACUGACCCCUUGAAGGCGCUCAGCAGUGACACGGCAGCUCCGUUCCUGCGCGCCUUUCUCGGGCGAGUCGGGUUCUUUUAUCUACACUUUGACAGGAAGGAGCUCGAGGAGCAGUACAAGGCCCUCUUCGCGGACGAACGGCGCGGCUCAGGCGAUGCAUCCGACCCCGUGCGGUGCCAUCGAGAGGCCAGCGUGUGUCUGGCUCUUGCGAUUGGGAUGCUCGUCUCGCCCCAGUCCGGUCGCUACGAGGUGCUGGCCCAGGCGCUGCAUGCAGCGGCCGUCAAGGUGUUUCUGCGGAUUCUGCCAUCGGGCAGCUGUGUCCACCUCCCCCACUGCCUGCUUCUCCUGAUCAUGUAUUCGAUGCUGAGUCCGACUGGGGGCUCAACCUGGCAUCUGCUCGGUCUUGCCAUGAAGAAGUGCGUUUCGUUCCGGCUGCACAAGGACUCCGACCCAGACUCGCCUGCUUCUCCCAAAGAAUCCACCAAGAGAGCAUUUCUGUUCUGGAACUUGUAUAUUGUUGACAGUACUGCCAUGGACCGUCCGUUUGGAAUUCAGGACCAAGACAUCACUCUAUCGCUGCCAAACGUCGCCCCCCACGACACGGUCGAGUCCGAGUUCGAGCGCCAUCUCGUCACGCACGCCCAGCUCACAUCGAGCAUCCGCAACAGCGAUGAACCAUGCCCAUUAUACCACUAUCGCAAUCUGUGCUUCUGGAAGGAGGUGACACCGGAGAUGCAGUCGUUCUUGGACUCGAACGAGGUGCUGCGCCGGCACGUCCAGCGACUUUCCUUUCGCUCCCUGAUGCAGAUUCUCCCCCUCCACAUGGCCACGCGGUACGACAAUGCGAUUCUGGGGGCGCAAACGGCAGAAAUAGACAGAGAAGUGGUGACGAGCUGCGAGAGCAUAAUCGAGCAGACGUACUGCGCCUUGGACGACGCGUCCUCGGGCGGCGCCUUGACUGACGGCUACGACGUCUUUGCUGCCGGCGUCGCCAUCCUCUGUAGUGGAAUGCAGCCCGCAGCGAAUCACAUUCUGGACCAGGCGAGCCUUGUCAACAAGUGCGUCGCUGUUCUUACAGCUCUGGGAGAGCGAUUUUCCGGAUUCAAGGUGUUUCGGCGAGUUUUGUUAGCCCUUUCGGACCUGGGCCUGGGAAGGAGGUCGCAGGAGCUUUCGCUCCUUCACUCGCUGCCACCUGAAAUCCCCAGCGGAUUGCAGCGGCUGAUCCAGGAGUGUCUUCGGAAAUCGCCCGGCCCCAGUCCGACGGUGUGA